AACCACAGUCUUUUCAAACCCGCCAAGCUGUACACCGCCAACGUCCGAACACGCUCUCUUAUCAACGCGCAACUUCAAACGGACGCCGCCGCGAUAUGUUCCUGUGAAUCUACCACGACCACAAUUACAGGAAUCUACCCGUGCGGAGGUAACAACGUGAACUGUACCCAAUAAUGUAAAAUUCCUGAACUUGAGAGUAAAAGUGCUAACGCGAUCAUUCAAAAUGGGUUUCUUUUUCGUUCCAUGCGUCGUGUUGUGUGUCAGUGCUUCCGUUUGUGGAUACUCAUGGCCUAGUGAAGAGACAACAACCAAAUAUCCCCAGUACAAAGACUACCAUUCGGAUCCCCUGGUGGUGGAAACAACAAGUGGUUUGGUUCGCGGUUGGGCUAAGACUGUUUUGGGAAGGGAAGUUCACGUUUUUACCGGCAUACCGUUCGCGAAGCCGCCUAUAGAACAGCUUAGGUUUCGUAAGCCUGUACCGAUAGACCCCUGGCAUGGCAUUCUCAACGCUACCAAGCUGCCCAACUCCUGUUACCAGGAAAGAUACGAAUACUUCCCUGGAUUUGAGGGUGAGGAGAUGUGGAACCCCAAUACAAACAUAUCGGAAGACUGUCUCUACUUGAACAUCUGGGUACCGCAGCGUCUGCGCAUAAGGCAUCACGCCGACAAACCCCCUCAAGAGCGUCCCAAGGUCCCUGUUCUCAUCUGGAUAUACGGAGGAGGCUACAUGAGUGGUACUUCUACACUCGAUAUCUACGACGCCGAUAUCAUAGCAGCAACAAGUGACGUGAUCGUAGCCUCUAUGCAAUACAGGGUUGGCUCUUUCGGCUUUCUCUACCUGAACAAAUAUUUCUCUUCAGGUAGCGAGGAGACACCUGGCAACAUGGGGUUGUGGGACCAAGCCGAGGCGAUACGUUGGAUCAAACAGAACGCUGUGGCUUUUGGAGGUGACCCUGAUCUGAUAACGUUGUUCGGAGAGUCAGCUGGAGGUGGCUCUGUAAGCAUUCAUCUACUCAGUCCUGUCACCAAAGGGUUGGUUAGAAGGGGGAUACUCCAAUCUGGAACCAUGAACGCUCCUUGGAGCUAUAUGACUGGAGAGAGGGCUGAGCAGAUCGGACGUAUCUUGGUGCAGGACUGUGGGUGUAACGUUUCGCUUUUAGAAACGCACCCUCAUCAGGUUCUGGAUUGUAUGAGGGCUGUUGAUGCUAAGACGAUAUCUUUGCAGCAGUGGAAUUCCUAUUCGGGUAUACUUGGAUUCUCUUCUACACCUACUAUCGAGGGAGUUUUUCUUCCUAAGCAUCCUAUGGAUAUGCUGGCUGAAGGAGAAGGGUACGAAGAUAUGGAGAUUCUGCUUGGGAGUAAUCAUGAUGAAGGCACCUACUUCUUGCUCUACGACUUCAUCGAUUACUUCGAGAAGGACGGGCCGAGCUUUUUGCAGCGGGAGAAGUUCCACGACAUCAUCGAUACCAUCUUCAAGAACAUGACGCAUCUGGAGAGGGACGCUAUCAAGUUUCAGUAUACGGAUUGGGAGCAUGUUAACGAUGGAUAUUUGAACCAGAAAAUGAUUGGUGAUGUUGUGGGCGAUUAUUUCUUCGUCUGUCCAACGAAUGAUUUUGCUGAGCUUGCCGCUGAAAAAGGAAUGAAAGUGUAUUACUAUUUCUUUACACAUCGUACAAGCACCUCGUUAUGGGGAGAGUGGAUGGGCGUGAUGCACGGAGACGAGAUCGAGUACGUGUUUGGACAUCCGCUCAACAUGUCGCUCCAGUUCAACUCGAGGGAGCGGGAGCUCAGUCUGAAAAUCAUGCAGGCCUUCGCCAGGUUCGCUGCCACGGGGAAACCGGUGACAGACGACGUGAAUUGGCCGCUCUACACAAAGGACCAACCUCAGUAUUUCAUUUUCAAUGCCGAGAAAAACGGCAUCGGAAGGGGACCCAGGGCGACAGGCUGUGCAUUCUGGAAUAAUUUCUUCCCGAGGCUGAGGGAUAAUCCAGAUUCAGCGGAAGCUCCAUGCGUCAACACUUACUUAAGCAAGAUAGGUUCAUCAGCCACAAGGAUAGAUCUGCCGUUCUUCUCAAUUAUGCUGGGCCAAGCUGUCGCCAUGAUCACGGCUGUCUCUCACGUCUUGUAGACGUGGAUCUGGAGAUCCGUAAGGUUGUAAGCAAACAACGUUAUACCCCAUCUUAUGCAAGAUGAACCACUUAGUUGAGAUACAUUGCAAGCUUUAAAUCGGUGACCUAGUUAUAGAAUAGGUGGUUUAUUAGAGGUUAGGUCACAGAAUUGUAUUGCGUCUAAACGACCCUCACAGAGUUUCGAGACGGAAGAGUGUUUAGAGGUUAUGGUAGAAAUUUUCGAAGAAACGAUUAAUUAUCCAAAAGGUUUUGACAGAGUACUAGAUGAGGGUAGCGGGUAGAUUUUUACUCAUUUGGAAAUCGAUAGGAGGUUUUUUUGAUAAAUGUGGCAAUGCUGGUCAUUAAGCCUAUGUUACCUGAUGUUGAAUGUUCAAUUGAUGUACAAUUUUGAUGUAUCGUGUUCUGAGCUUGCCCGCUCAGUAUUUUAUGUUUUAUUGUUCUCCCUGCUAGUUCUUCAAAUUCAUAAUUUCACUUCGAUAAAUGCUUUGUGAGUUAAUAUUACAUAUACGUAAAUUCUAAUAAUCGAUGUUUGAAUGUAAGAAUUUUUUUCAAUCCUGCUACUAGUCGUUUCAAUUAGGAAUACGUUUUUUCGAAAAUUUCUUCUCAAACUGAGAGAACUAAGCUUGGAAUCUAUAUGUGUGGAGAUUAUUGAAUCAACCUUUUUGCAAAAUUUAUAAUUAUUCGUCUAAAUUUUAUAUUUUUUCUAAGUCAUUUUAGAGGUUUAUAGGAGCAUAUUGUUACAGAAAGAGCUCAUUCAUUUCAGUUACGUUCAGUUAUAACUCAUUCGCACAAAGAUAUUGUUCUGAUAUGUAUGAACCUCCCUAGAUGAUCAUUUUAUUGUAUUAGGCAUUAUCCUGAAAAUGCUUCUGAAUAAUGAUAAUCUUCAUAUAUACUGGUUUCAGGUUUCACAUUCUCUACAAGAUAUUUUGUUGACAUUCACGAAUAUUGUUGAAUGUGAGAUCAUAUCGACUCAAUGAGAUUUGAUUUUGUAUAAAUAACUAAAAAGAUAAUUUGAAAUUUAUGCAAAGUCAAAGACAAUCAUAGUUACAAACCCCCUAUUGAUAUAUACCCACUGAAAAGCAAAUCUUAUGUUAGUGUAAGGAGCUGAAAAGAAAGCAGCAGUUGUAUUGCUAUCACUGUUGAUGUUCAAAAUUAUUUAUGAAUUAGAAUCGAAGUGAAAAAUGCUUUAUGGCAAUGUGCGUGUAUAUUUGAAUUGGUGAUAGAAAAACAUAUCAUUUAUAUUUUCAAUCAAAUGAGCCAAAAUGUAUAUAGGGUAAUUUCGUUUAGAAAAAUUGUUGACUGUGAAAAUAUUCAGAGUUCGAAUCUCAUGUCAGACUGAAACUGUUUUAUUGGUUAUUGUUCUCCUUUCGACUAUACUAUACAAUUAAAAUUUGAUUAGCUUCAUCUUCAUUGUUAGGUAUAUAAAAUAUUAUGAAAAAUUAUAUUAAAUAUUAUAACAAGUGUUUAUAAAUAUAAGGAUAGUAUUUUGGAAGGUCUAAAAUCUAGAAUAUAAAGAUUCAAUCAAUCAAAAACAUCUUCGUUAAAUUCGAUGUUUUCAAAUUCUAUUAUCCUUUGCUCGAGAUAUAUCUCUUUUAUCUUUUUGUCUCAAGUAAAGUAAUAUAUAUUCGUAUUUCGAAAAUCUGUAGCAUUCAGAUUCAGAUUUCAAGGUAUUCCAGAAGAAGGUUGCCCUAUUGCUAGAAUAGAUCAAAUACUUCGAAACAAGUUGAGUUCGUUCAGUACGAAGUUUUUAUAACGGCAUCCAUAUUCAAGAUACAGUGGCUGCAAGAAAAAUGUAUUCAGUUUAAUUCAUUUUAAAUUCUUCUUGUAAUUAUUUUUUGGAUAAUAACCUCCGCAUCAGAGUAAUAUUUUGUUUCAUUUGCGAUAAAUAGGUAAAUCUUUUUCAUAUUACCUACUUAUUUUUUACCAGUAUGAUUUAUCACUUCAUCAUUCUCAUGGUAUCGAGUUUUACCACUAGUACCUGUUUGUUUGUGAAGCUGUUUCUGUCCUGUUUAUUGAAUACGAAUGGCGUUGUUCAAUGGACAAACUCAACUUAUUUUACAAUGUUACCUAUCCUAGCAGCGGGGUCAUAUUCUCAUGAAACACCUUAUACAGGGUGACUCAUUUUGAAAAAUCCACUGAAUUAGCUUCUUAGAAAGGCCGGCAUCAUAAACUGUUUGAAAUGUAAGUUGUUUAGUCCCUAUUGGGACGUUGAAUACUUACAAUCAAUGUGAAAGUUUUUUUGAUUCAGGCUCUUUCGAAGGAGUUAUUUCAGUGGAUCAUUUAAAUUCGGUCACCCUGUAUAAUUCAAAAACAUAUCAGCGGAGAUUAUAAAUUUAUAUUGUUCGAGAUAAAGUUGUAUAGUCGGAAGGAUAACACUUAAUCCAAAGGAUUUAAGGCAAUUCUAAGGAUAUGCUGUUCGAACUAUUGGAUCGUACAAUCAAUAGUAAGUGUUCCCAAAACUGUAGAACCUCUCGACAAGAUAGGUAAUUGUAAAUCUCUAUGCAAGCGUUUCUAUGUUCAUUUUAUAUCUGUCCAAACAUCACGCUCGUCAAUUGUAAAGAACAAUAAUUCUUCAAAUUUUUUCUGAAAGUCACAACGGAAGUAUUUUAUCCAAGAAAUUCCCAACUGAGGUUGUCUAACACUUAGUCGGUAGAGGUAGUCGGGAAAAUAGGGAAAUUGUUCAGGGGAAAAUUGAAUCCGUUUUGACUGUUUCAUUUUCUCGAGGCGUUUGAUGUCAAGUGUAAUAAACAUGUUAUCAUGCACGUGAGAUAUUCUCUCCACACGGGAAAGAAUUUCAUUUGGACUAAGCGGAAAAUUUCAAACUGAAAAAUCCAGAUUUUCAGGAUGAGGCAUUCUCAAGAGAUGAGUGGUUGAAUUGAAAUAAAUGAAUUUCGAAAACUUUACUUAUUCGAUGGAGUAUAUAAAUUGAAAUUCGAAGUAAAAAAGGUGAAAUAGUAAUUUUCCAAUAAGACAUAUUGCCACUCUUACCAAAUAAAAAUUAACUACAGAAACAGUCUAGACAAUUAUUUCAGUGAACAUUUUUCCGGAAAAUGCCAAGACAGAUCAAUGUCUUUUAUAAGUGAACAUCUUGUGUGAAUUCAUGAGAUCAACCUCUUAAGCAGGGUUGCAAUCCACAUAGAUUUCAAAUUAGUCCUGUGAUAUAUAAUUUGGAAUUUUUUGCAAUUCUAUUUUUGAAUAUAUGAAAAAAUUUAUUUUUCAAUGUAGAAUCUCGUUGGAAGUGGUACAUUAAAAUCAUCAAGUGAUCUAGAUACCUACUAAGUGAAUCAUAUAUAAUUAGUCAUAUUGCUCACCGUUCAUUUCAAAGAGUAAUGGAGUAUUUGUUCAAUAUUUUUUUUAACGUCCGUAACAAUUAUUUAAAUGAUAAAAACAUAAUAAAAUUUCAACAUCUCAAUACUUAACAUUCAUUCAAAAGGUCAAGGACUUUACAGAAUUCAAUUUUCACUAUCAACAAGUUGCCAAAUAGAUUUUCCCAAAACAUUUUUGAAUUGAAUUGAAAAACCUUUAUAAUUAUGUGUCAUUCGAUGACUAACAUAAAUAAAUUUGAAUGGGUUGCAACCCUACUAGUUCACAUGUUUUUUGACGUUUUUCAGCCAAACUGUUCCUUUCGGAAAUAUUAGACUGGUCAUAUACCAGGUGUUCCAGAAUUAGAGGUGCAAACGAAAAUAAAAGAUUUUUUUUUGUGUCAAUUUUCCAACUUUAUCAAACCUAUAUUGCUAGUGAUCGAGAAAUAAGUUCCGGAACUUAUAGUCAAUUUAUCAGUGCUUACUAACUAGAUUUUCAUGAUAUUGGAUUCUUCCUGAUUAUUCCUUUUCAUAAUUUUUAGACUGCUAGUGGCCAACCAAAAAAAUGUUUUGAAGCAAAGAAGCAGAAAUCGUUAAAAAAAAAUUCACCUUGUAGAUUGACAUAUCACGUGAUGCAAAAUAUGAAUUCAAAUAUCUAUGCCAAAUUUCAGUCGAAUAUCUUGUUAUUUGCAGAUGCUUCCAGAAAAAAAAAACUGGUGAAAAUCACGUUACACUCUCGGAAACAAAGCAUUUGUAGGUGUAGUUUGAAGGGAUUGAUUUUUCUCUAAAUUUUCCAAGGAAUUUCUUACUUUCUUACUUGUAUCUCUUAUUUAGGAACACGUAUGUAAAUUGAUGUAAUGAAGCAUAAUAAUUAAACUAUUAUAACAAUCUUCAAUAAUGGAAUGAAAGACAUCUGCUGUGAUAACAUUUUUUGAUCUUGAUAAUUGAAAAAAGUAAUUUGAGAGAAAAAAUUUGCGAUAACCAAUUAAGUAAAGAAGUCAAAAACCAUAUAUUCAAGGCCUAUAUUCAAUAAAUUAAAUGAAUGAAUUGAAUUGAUGAAUGAUAUUAAACAUAUACAAUAUACAUAUAUUCUAUCAUCAGUGAGAAUGCUUCAGUCCUGAGAACUAGGUAUUGCCAUCAAUGUGCAAGAGUGAUAACUGCACUCAAAUUCAUCCAAAUUGAAACACUAUACCUACCUACCCGCUCAUUUAUAAAAUAAAUGUUUAACACUGGAGUCAAUAAUUCAGGCUUGUCUCCUGUGGGUUCAGAUCACAAAUCCAACCUAAAUUCACAAGGUCUAGCCGUCCACGUCAAGGAAACAACUCAACCGCUUAGAAUCCCAGAAGUGGUAAACAAGCUUGCCAACUGUCGUUCUUAUGCCUGUCUUAGAUUAGUGCCUAUAUAAUAUUUACAUUUACCACUUGUACUACUUUAUGAAACAUCUACCAAUAUUAUUAUAUAUAGCUAUUUACAUUGAGUAUAUUGUAUUUAAAUGAUAAGAAGCACCUCAAUUAGCUGUUGCUGUGAAAACUGUUGAGCCUAACCUAGGAAGCGGAAAGGGAUGGAAAAUACUCCGUACUUGGUAUUCAAAUCUGAACUUUCUCAAAUCUAUUCACCUGCAAUCUUCUCUUCUCGUUCGCGAAUGGCUUCAUGCUAUUUUUUUUAUAUAGCAACAGUUAUUGUUAUAUUUGAUAACUAUGAGAACAAACGCCUUGAUUACCAUGACAACAGUUGCCACGCAACCAAUUCAAUAAGAUCGUUUUUGGUGUGAAAAUUUAAGUCAGAUUCGAAUACAAAUAUCAACAUUCUUUAUAUCUAGUAUGGAUACACAAAUAUUUUACUCUAGCUAUAGUGAACAAACAAUCUUAUGAUAGCUUAGGAAGCACCUAAUAGACUGACUAUAAUGAAUAUUUACAGUAUUUUUCAUCCCUGUUCCUUUGUUGAUCUAGUUCCUUCGACAUUUUCUUAUAUUUUGAAGAGGCGGUACGUUUGGAGGUAGCUCUUUGGUUUUCAUUAUUUCUUGUUUCCUGUCAUGAUUUUUGAUAGGUUUUUCUUUUCCAUAAUUUUUACGUUCCGCCUACGCAAGUAGUUGUAUGGCCUGCUGUAUAUGUGAAUAAUGUGAAUGUAUCAGCAGUAUAAGGAUAUCAACAGUUUAGUUUUCGUUUCUAUUAUAGCCUCAUUCGAGACCUCCAGAAUUGGGAAAAAUUCACAAAUUGAUUCAAUGAGAUUUUCAAAUAAUGACGAAUUAUUUUUUAGUUGUUUUAUGUUGAUUGAUAAUAAUUCAAAUCAAUUGGACAUGAAUAUGUUGAAGAAAUAUUUCUUUGGAUUUGUAAUAUGUAGUUGUAUUUAUUCAAUCAAUUCAGGAGGUAUCCUAUGAUGGAAUUGAUAAUUUCAUUUACAUUUCUUGCAUAUUAGCAAAACUGAACCUACAAGAUUAACAGGGUAAUUGAUUGCAUAAUUCCUUAUACUGCUGAUGAGUCUAAGCGCAUAAUUUUGCGUCAUUGUGAAUAGAUACAAUCACUAAGUAAUGAACAUAUCAUUAAAAUAAAUAACACAUAAACUAUGGAGAUGAAAAUAUAUACAUAUCAUAUAAGAACUUCGCACAUAUCAUAAAUGUGACUUCGCUGUCCUGUCCAAUAAAUAAGUAGAUAUUUAAAUGUGUAACGAUCUGCUAAAUGAAGUAUUUGAUACGAGAAAUGUCUUUAAAAUGUAUUUUCUAAAAGUAUACCCUAUUGAGGACAUAUCACAAGUAUGUUUUUGUAGAAUUUUAAGCCAAAGUUGUGAAAUUUUGAGGUGGUUUUGAGCAAAAUCGAGAAUUGUGGUUACCAGAUUGAAGUUUUGGGCACCAAAGAAAACUAUGAAUUCUUGAUAAUUUUGAUCCAAGCGGACUAUUAUCUGGAAAUACUUCUAUUUCUGUUUGAAAGGCGUUGUAAUCCCCUUAGUUCCGCUUUUUGUUUGUACGCAUUUUGAUAUGAUAAGUAUUAGAUUAUUUUGGAAUGCUGAAUCGCAUUUCAUAUAAGGGCUAUAACGUUUUUAUUAUGGUGUACUAAUCAUUGAAAUAACUAAUGCUUUUCCAUUUUCCUAGUUCCUGAUGACGAUUAUAUUUUCAUUAUCUUUUUAAUCUACAUCAGACCCAUUCAAAUAUCUUGGGAUAAAGGGUCUUUUACCUCUAACAUUGAUGAAAAAAAUGAAUGAAAGAUUUAUCGUAUUCCAAUAAAUCGUUUGCCUCUGUCGAUAAAUGAGAUAUCGCGUGCUUAUAAGAUUCGGUUUUCCAUAAUGAUAGGAAUAGAGUAGUUUAUCUACUUAAACUCCAGACAAUUUUGACAUUUCGUGAUACGAAUAUUCUCAUCAUUUUAGUCCGAAAAUGAGGCAAUAUUUUAUAGGCUUUCCAUUAAUUGUCGAACUGAUAAACUAUUCCGAUAUCUUGAACAAUCUGAAAGAGCAAUACACUUUUAUUCCAAAACCAAGGCCUAUUUUUUAUGAAAUAAUUCAUAACUUCGUUGAAUGGGUAAUCUUCCUGAUUUCAAACCAGAAAAUUCAAAUUCGUAUCGUAUUGAGGGAGUUUCUUGAUUCUUCAUUUCUUUAAAAGCCAUGAAACCUGAAGAAGAAAAGACAUUUCACAAAAUUGUGUUUAUGUGCACUUGUUCAUUUCUAUUCUAAAUUGAUUGAAAUUGCAUAAUUUCUUCAGGACCUGACGUUAUUCUUGGUUUACAACGUAAUGUUAACGAUAUAGCUCUUGAAAUAUAGGAAAUAUAUAAAUUGUAAAUUUCAUUGUGAAAUGGCUGUUCAUACUGUAACUUCGGGAUUAGCCCAAAAUCUUGGUUAGCCUUUGAUUCGUUUGAUGUCAGAAGAGUCUAUAUUAUAUAAAUAUACGUAAAGAAAUCGCUCUGAGAAGUCAAUAUUAAUUAGUUGAAUUAGAUUAGGCACUUAUACUACAGAGAGUAUAUUGCAUACAAGAUAAGUAAUGACAUUAUAUAGCUUAAAUCUGAAAUGUUAUUAGAAUGGUGACCGUAGGCCUAUCUUAUACACGAAGAGUUUAUUAGUUUUGUACAUUUCAUAAUCAUUAUUAUUUUUUGAUAUUUUACUUGCUACUCUAAGGAACUCAUCAUUUCAAAUCUAUUAUUUCCUGUACUUCGUAUAUUAUUUAACUAUCCUUUAAAUAAAUGAAAUAUGUAUA